UUACAGAGUCUUGAAUAUUGCUGUCAUUUUCAACUCAAUGGAUGCCUGUCCCACUGCUUACAGGUUUUCAAUGGUUGAGUUUUCUUCAAUAGAAGAUUUAGACCAAGAGGUAGGGAUGGAAAUCAAACUUUAAAAAGAGAAGAAAAGAUAAGUAAAAAGUCCACUUGAAGAGAAAAGAGAAUCUUGCCUACUCACAACGCUUAACCAUCUCAAUGGAGGAGAAAAAAAGAGAGAAACGUCACCAAAUCGGCCAGCCCGAAAAAUAACAGCUAUGGCUGUGCCUAGUUAUGCUUGUUAUAAUUAUAAAUUUGCCCAUAUCAAGCCUUCUUUUGUCGGAGAUAUCUUAUAGUUUCACUUACUUUGAAUGAAGUUCGCUUUUCUUUUCUUCUGAUCAAGCCAAGCAGCAAUGAGUGUAGAACAAGAAGAAGAAAAGACAGAGAUUGAAGUAGAGGAGUCUGGAGAUACGCAGCAGCAGGAAUCAGAAGGGUCAAAGAGACUUCAACCAUGGACACAACAAAUCUCAAUACGGGGACUCAUUGUGAGCACUUUGAUUGGAGUCAUGUACAGUGUGAUAGCCAUGAAAUUGAAUCUCACAACAGGUUUGGUUCCUAAUCUGAACGUCUCUGCUGCGCUUCUUGCCUUUGUGUUUAUCCGAACAUGGACUAAAAUUCUUCACAAGGCUGGCUAUGUAUCAAGACCCUUCACUCGCCAAGAGAAUACUAUGAUACAAACCUGUGCAGUUGCAUGUUACAGCAUUUCUGUUGGAGGUGGGUUUGCUUCAUAUCUUUUGGGAUUAAACAAGAAGACAUAUGAGUUAUCAGGUGUGAACACUCCAGGGAACUCUCCAAGAGCUAUCAAGGAACCUGCACUUGGUUGGAUGACUGGCUAUCUUUCUGUAGUUUGCUUUGUUGGCCUUUUUGUUUUAAUCCCUCUCAGGAAGAUUAUGAUAGUGGACCUCAAGUUGACCUAUCCAAGUGGCCUGGCAACUGCAGUUCUCAUUAAUGGGUUUCAUAACCAGGGAGAUAAAAUCGCUAAGAAACAAGUGAGUGGAUUCACGAAGUAUUUCUCAAUGAGCUUCUUGUGGGGAUUUUUCCAGUGGUUUUACAGCCGUUAUGAAAAUUGUGGAUUUAAACAAUUCCCUACUUUUGGUUUGCAAGCCUUCAAGCAAACAUUCUACUUCGAUUUUAGUAUGACUUAUGUGGGAGCAGGGAUGAUUUGUUCCCAUUUAGUGAACUUGUCUUUGCUUCUUGGAGCUGUUCUUUCUUAUGGGAUAAUGUGGCCACUCAUCAAUCAGCAUAAAGGGCGUUGGUUCUCCGAGAGUUUACAAGAAAGCGACAUGAAGAGCUUGUAUGGCUACAAAGUUUUUCUAUCAGUUGCUCUCAUUCUAGGAGACGGACUGUAUAAUUUCCUCAAGAUACUGUUGGUCACAAUCAUCAACAUUUAUGGCAGAUUAAAGAAGCAGCGGCAGCUCAAUGCAGGCAACGAUGACACGAAGAAGUCGAAUGAAGAUGUUAGACUGGAUGAAUUGUUUCUUAGAGAAACUAUUCCAAUGUGGAUAGGAGUUGCUGGAUACAUAAUCUUUUCCAUCUUGUCCACAAUUGUGAUCCCAAUCAUGUUCCCUCAACUCAAGUGGUAUUAUGCUGUCACAGCCUACAUUCUUGCUCCUUCUCUGUCGUUCUGUAAUGCCUAUGGCGCCGGUCUCACUGACAUAAACAUGGCGUAUAAUUAUGGAAAGGUGGCACUAUUUGUUCUUGCAGCAUUGUCUGGAAAAGAGGAUGGAUUGGUGGCAGGGCUUGUUGGCUGUGGUCUCAUUAAAUCUGUGGUUUCAGUUGCUUGCAUUCUUAUGCAAGAUUUUAAAACAGCUCAUUACACUCUCACCUCACCGAGAGCAAUGUUUCUGAGCCAAGUAAUUGGCACAGCCAUAGGGUGUGUGACGGCUCCUCUCAGUUUCUUUCUGUUCUACAAGGCAUUUGAUGUAGGAAAUCCCAAUGGAGAAUUCAAAGCUCCUUACGCUUUGAUAUACAGAAACAUGGCAAUUAUUGGCGUUCAAGGCUUCUCUGCACUGCCCCAACACUGCUUACAGAUCUGUUAUGGCUUCUUUGCUUUUGCGGUGGCUGUGAACGUGGCAAGAGAUAUUUUACCGGAAAAGCUUGGGAAAUGGAUGCCACUGCCGAUGGUGAUGGCAGUGCCGUUUCUGGUAGGUGCAUACUUUGCAAUUGACAUGUGUGUUGGGAGUCUGGUUGUGUUUGUGUGGCAUAAAAUGGAUACCAAGAGAGCAGAAGUAAUGGUUCCAGCAGUUGCUUCAGGAUUAAUUUGUGGCGAAGGCCUCUGGACUCUUCCGGCCUCAAUACUUGCUUUGGCCAAAAUAAAUCCUCCUAUCUGCAUGAAAUUCUCGGGUCCCAAUUCCUGAAGGAGAGCCUAAUGAUCAGGAAAAUAUCCAAAAAAAAUACAAAGAAAACAAAGCACAUUGCUGGUCGAAAUUUAUGAAAUGAAUUGUGAGACUUAGCCUUGGAUUGUAAUACUUGCUCUCCUUGUUGUCAAAACAGGUACCGUAUCAUGCAUACAAGUUGUAAUUUCCAAAUCAUGUAUUUCUCUAUUGUUUUAACAAUGGGUUGUAGCACCCAUUACCAUUAGUCAAAUUAUGUAUCACAUCUUGCAUAAAAAACCUAAUCUUUCAAAUCA